GCCGACGUCCUCCUCAAAUUUCCGCAUAGUGGGUCUCGGACCUGUGGAGCUGAACUUCCCUCCGUCUUCACUGUCCCGUCCUGCGCCUCCAGUGACACAGCCGCGGGCACCAUGGCCCGGUAUCUGCUGAGGUUGAGCCUGAGGAGAUGCAUCGCCUCUCAGAUCAGGAUGGCAUCUGAUCAGCUUGGUGAGUUAGGCAAGGGAGCGGGCAAAGGUGGGGGUGGAGGAGGCUCUGUGAGGGAGGCGGGCGGUGCCUUCGGGAAGAGGGGAGCAGCGGAGGAGGAGCGGUACUUCAGGCAGAAGGAGAAGGAGCAGAUGGAGGCGCUGAGGAAACAUCACGUGGAGGAAAUCGAACACCACAAAAAGGAGAUCGAGCGCCUGCAGAAGGAGAUCGACCGCCACAAGGGCAAAAUCCGAAAGCUGAAUCACGACGACUGAGGCGGAGCGGGAGGCCCAUCGUCUGUGCUCCUACAAGCUGUCCCAGACCCAUAGUCAUUGAUAAACAUAUCGAUUGAUUUUUUUGUUUGUUUUUACUGCUGGUCAAGGCAGGUCCUGUAUCAGACAUGAUACUGGCGGCAUGGACAUUUUAAAGAAAAACAAUAAAGCACUUCCAUAUACACAUGCAA